AUGACCCAUAUCACAUUUGUGUUCAAUCUGAUGGUGUGCGGCCGGAUGAAUGAUAAUCUGGCUCUGGAGGAGUUGGUUCUUCAUUCUCCUGCUCCUCUGGACACGUGCGUCCGUCUGUCGCGAGCUCUGACUCUGGCCGCGCUCAGAGAGAAGGAGCGCUCUGUCGACCUGCUCGCCGCCGCGUGUUACUGUGAGCUCAUGGCCUCUGACCUCCUGACCCUCGCUGCCUCAGCCGGGGGUCAUGGCGCGGGUCCGAUCCUCACGGCUGUGGACCACCGGGGCGCCAGCGUGUUGGACUGCCUGAUCGAGGGCCGGCAGAAGGGUGUGGUGUCCCAUCCAGCGGUGCAGACGUACCUGACGGACGUGUGGCACGGAAGCCUGCAGUGGGAUUCAUGGAAGAUCCUGCUGCUGUUCUUCUGUUUGCUGCUCUUCCCUCCGCUGUGGCUGGCGCUCUCACUGCCACACAGACACAGCUUCAACACUAUCCCAAUCGUGAAGUUCAUGAGUCACCUGGUGUCACACGUCUUCCUGUUGGCCCUGUUCAUCCUGACGAUUGUGUAUCCGCCCAGGAGUCCUCUGUCUGAGGGCCGUCUGGUGCCCGGCUGGUCGGAGUGUCUGUUGCUGAUCUGGCUCUGUGGGAUGCUGGUAUCCGAGCUGACCUUCCCAGGUGAGCGUGCUGGUUUAGCGUGGAUUCGUCUUCUUCUCCUGGGUUUUUCCGCCGCGGCUCUGCUGUGCCACCUGCUGGCGGUUUUCACCCAAUGGUGGCUACCAGCGCACCUGCACUGCCUGUUCGCCCGGAACAUCCUGCUGGCCGUGGCGAUGACACUGGGAUUCAUCCAGCUGCUGGAGUUCCUCACGUUCCAUCACUUAUUCGGCCCGUGGGCCAUAAUCAUCCGAGACUUGAUGAAGGAUCUGUGUCGGUUCGCUGUGAUCCUCAUGUUGUUCCACACUGCCUUCACGCUGAGUCUCACCGCUUUGUGUCAGCCGCUGUAUCCCCAAGAUUGGGACAACAGCACCGGAAACGCCACGCAAGUGACCAUUCCGGGUCCUUUAAACAUGUCUGUGCUGCUCUUCUUCGCUUUAUUUGGUUUAACCGAACCGGAUAAAAUUCCCGACAUGGAGCAUUCGCCUGCCACCACGGCCGUUUUGGCUAAAAUGGUAUUUGGUGUGUAUCUGGUGGUGACGUCCAUCGUGUUGAUCAACCUCCUCAUCGCCAUGAUGAGCGACACGUACCAGCGCAUCCAGGCUCAGUCCGACACGGAGUGGAAGUUUGGCCGCGCCGUUCUGAUCCGCGAUAUGAGCCGCAAGUCUGGAAUUCCGUCUCCGUUCAACCUGUUCACCAACCUGUUCUACUCCAUCACGGUUCUCUGCAAACGUGCAGGGAAGAUCUGCUCUGUGGAGUGUCAUAAUGUGAAGAAUGAGGAUGAAGACACUGAAGGCGGUCAGAUUGCGACGUCCAUGUCUGGAGGACAGGAGCGCGUGGAGAACGUUGUGGAUUGGUCAUCUGUGGUCCAGCAGUUUUUAGCCCAGCGCAGACAGAGGGACAGAUCACCGCCGGAGAGAGACGAAUGAAUGACCGACCGUUUCACCAUGACAGAUGAAUUUGCACUGCCUACUAACAUCAGUCCAACCACCUGAGCCGAGCCCACAUCACUUCAACUUCCUGUUUACCACCGUUAGCUUUAGCUUAUCACAGCAUGUGCCUUUAGCUGAUAUACACUCCU